AUGAAUCAGAGUGCGGCGGAGGAUGCGCUGGACAGUCAGCUGGCGUACUAUAAGGACGAAGUCAAGAUCUUCAUCGCGAACACCACCAAGCAAGUCGUCGAGCGCCACCUCCUCGCUGAGCUUCCCGAAGACACUCUCUCGCCUCUCAUGAUCAAUGAUAUGUCGGACCAGGAAGUCGGCUAUCUGGCUGGUGAAGCAGAAGAGACUACGCAUAAGCGAGUCUCGUCUUGGGCUGGGCAGGAUGCAUUCAAGAAGGCACUUGGGUCGUACAAGUAG